CGAAUCUAACAUCUCGUGACCUUGAGCGGUUGGUUUGGUUUUGUGCGCGGAUUUACCGACUGAUGUCUUCACUGUUGGAUUCUGAAGCAUCCGAAGCCUCUGAACUGUCAGAUUUGGAUGAAGAUGAAGUAGUGAAAAAGAAAAUCAGCAAGCGACCGGUACUUGAUGAUCCAGAUUCAAGUGAUAGCGAAGAGGAGGAAGAGCUUGCCAACGAGGACGAAAUUUGUCGGAAAGAAGGUGAAGGCUGGAUAGUGGAUGAAGAGGAUGAUGAAGGUGGUGCAUCUGAAGGCUCUGAUGGAGAGGAUACUGAGGGAGUUGGAGAUGAAGGGGAUAAGGACGACGAUGAUGAUGACGCUUUAGACGAUGAUGACUUCCAGCUCAUUCAGGAAAAUGUUGGAAUUAAUCUGAAAAAGCAAAAAAAGAGACGAUUGGUACUGGAUGAUGAUGAUGAAGCAGAUGAAGAUGAAGUUGCAUCAAAAAAGACAGCUUAUGAAGAAGAUCGAGGAAGAGAAGCUAUCGCGCGUCAGAUAUUUGAAGACGAAGAUGAAGAAGUAGAUGAGGACAGAGUCGUUCGGAGUCGUCCAGCAGAUUUUGGUGUAUCAGUCGGUGAUGAAGAAGACGAGGAAGAGGAAGAUGAUGAUAUGGGUGAUUUUAUUGUGGAUGACAGGACAGGCGCUCCACCUUCAAGGCCUUCAAAGCGUAUAGUACAUAAGGAUGCAGCACUUCAACAAGCUCAAAACAUUUUUGGUGUUGACUUUGAUAUGUCGGAGUUUGAAGCAUUCCGCAAGCCUCGUACUGGCGAUGAUUAUAGUGAAGAGUCAGAAUAUGAAUAUUCAGAUGAAGAAGAGGGCUCCAAAGCAAGACGACAAAAACAUCGUCGACCACCAUCAAGUCAUGUUAUGGAUGAUCGUGUUUAUGAACUUUUCGAUCCAAGUGAUCUUGAAAGGGCUUACUAUAGUCAAGCAGAUGAACGCAUUAGAAAAACUGAUAUACCGGAGCGUUUUCAACUUCGUCAGGUCCCAGUGAAGUGCAUAGAUUCGUGUUCAGCAACAUAUGCCGAAGAUCUACAGGAGCUUUCAAAUGAAGCAGAGUGGAUUUAUCGUCAUACUUUUAAAGAAAGUGCUGAUUAUAAGCCUGCUUCGGUGAUACCUAAAAUUCUUGAGACCUUAAAACUUUUGAGGGAAUUUUUGUUUGAAAUUCCUUUUAUCGCAUUUUAUCGGAAGGAAUAUAUAGAUAAGGAUUUAAAUAUCAAAGACCUUUGGAGAAUAUACCAAAUGGAUGAAAAGUGGACCAUCUUACAUCAACGCAAAAAAAAUAUGAUCAACCUACUUCAACGCCUGUCAGACUAUUUCGAGGCAAUCACUACAGAAGACGCAGUUAGUCCUUUAAAGAAACAUUGUUCUGCAGUUUUGAAGUUAAUUGCAUGUGCUCGCAGUGCAGAUUCGUUAGAGGAGUUGUAUGAUGUACGAUUAAGUUAUUUGCUUCACUAUUCUGGAUAUGUUGAGCCAAUGAACCGAUGGUAUGCUCGUCAAAAGAAUAAGACAGGUGAAACAGAACAAUCUGAAGAACAAGAAAAUGAUGAAAUCGAUGUUGAAAAAGCUGUCCCAAUUACCACGACUAUUGAUCCAUUGACUGGACGUUCAAUUCGUCAGCGUCAAGCUCGUGCAACUGCUUCCUAUGAGGUUGCUAAACGAGCUGGUUUAAGCGAGCUUGUCCAGAGAUUUGGACUUUCAGCAUCACAAUUUGCUGAGAAUGUUCAGGAUCAAUAUCUCCGCCAUGAUGUUGACCAAUGCCCUAUGCUACCAUUGGAUGCUGCUGGAGACUUUUUGUGUCCACAAUUUCCUACUUCUGAGACAGCACUGGCAGCAGCGCGUUAUAUGCUUGCAUUUGAGAUUUCACGUGAACCAUUUGUCAGGAAAAUGAUGCGUCAAAUGUUUAAUCUUCAAGCUGUCAUUAGUAUGCAUCCAACUGAUCGUGGAAUGAAGCAUAUAGAUGAGUCGCAUCCACUUUUCCCUAUUAAAUAUCUUUCUAACAAACCAGUUACCGAUCUAAUGGGAAAUGUGCUUUUUCUUCACAUACAUAAUGCUGAACGUGAUAAACUCGUGGAAUAUGAAAUUCAUGUCCCAAAUGAACAGAUUCGUGGUUUAUCUUUAGUCGAUGAACUUCAGCGUUUCUUUUAUCAAGAUGAGUUUAGUUCUUUAGUUCAAGCUUGGAAUGAACAACGUACUCUAGUACUUAAACAAGCUGCUGAAGAAUUUAUCUUUCCCGCUCUUAUACGUGAACUACGACAGAAGCUACUCGAAGAGAGUCAACAGGCUGUAUUAAGAAUGUGUGCCAAGAAGCUGUUUAAUUACCUUCGGGUAGGACCUUAUCCUCCUGAUGGUCAUCGGUCGUAUGAAAUGGACACUGAAGACACUGCUCUACCGUUUGCUACAAAUCGUCACAAAUCAGAUUCUCGUUCAGGGGGUGAUGCUGACAGCCGUUCUAGCGGUGCUGUUUGGCCAAAAGGAGCCCGCGUUUUGGCUUUGGCUAUAAAAAAUGAGGAUGAUAUUCGAAAGUCAAUGGUGACUGCUGUCCAACUGGAUCGUGAUGGAGAAGUUGUUGAUUUUCUCCAUUUUCAUGGUCUUUUAGUAUCACCUCGUGCUCCUGAAGACAUGAAGAAGCUCAAGGAAGAAGAUAUGCAGCGCCUUUCAACCUUUAUAGUCAAACACAAACCUCAAGUCUGUGUAAUUGGAUGUGACUGUAGGAAAGCUUUAUUUUUACAAGAAGAUAUUCAACGUCUUGUAAAUGAAUUAGCCACUGAACGACGUUUACCCCGUAUUCAUGUUGAGUUAAUGGAAACAGAACUUUCCCUUGUCUUUGCACUAUCUUCACGUGCUUCAUUUGAUCUACCAGUAUCUUACCCUCCACUUCUUCGUCAAGCUAUCUCUUUGGGUAGACGUUUACAAGAUCCUCUAACAGAAUUCGCUCAACUCGUUACUAUUGAGAAUGAAAUUUUAGGCGUUAGAUGGCAUCCAUUACAAGAUUGUAUUCCUCGUGAAAUGUUGAUGAAAGCUUUAGAAAUAGAAUUUAUUAAUCGAGUGAAUGAAGUUGGAGUCGAUGUGAAUCGUUGUUUGGCUCAUCCUCAUACUGCUGGAGUUAUUCAAUUUAUUUCAGGAUUAGGGCCACGUAAAGGCCUACAUAUGUUGAAGAUAUUAAAACAUAAAAAAACACAUCUGACUAACCGAAUGCAACUAGUAACAAUGAUAGAAUUUGGUCCACGAGUUGUUAUCAAUUGUGCUGGCUUCAUUAAAAUUGAUACAACAUCUGUACGUGAUUUAGAUGCAGACGAUGUGGAUCUAUUAGAUUCUACUAGAGUGCAUCCUGAAAGUUAUGAUUUAGCAAAGAAAAUGGCUGUAGAUGCUUUAGAAUACGAUGAUACGGAAGAGUGUGAUCCAACAGUUGCACUCGAAGAAAUAGUUCACAGUCCUGCACGUUUGCGAGAACUGGAUCUCGAUGCAUUUGCAGAAGAGCUAAAGCGACAAGAGCACGGAGAUAAACACAUAACUUUAUAUGAUAUUCGUAAAGAAUUGAAUCAUCGUUAUCGAGAUUAUCGAGAUCCAUACCAAUCGGCUAAUCCGGAGAACAUUUUCAGUAUGGUUACACAUGAAACGCCUGAAACCCUACAUGUUGGUCGUUUAGUUGAAUGUCGAGUUUUAAGUGUUGCGAAUAGACGACCACGACCAGAACAACUGGAUAAUGCUAAUCCAAGUAAAAAUGAAGUCAAUGGCACAUGGAUGUGUCCAUUUUGUCGCCGAGAUAAUUUCCAGUUACUCAAUCAUGUUUGGAAUCAUUUUGAUAAUAAUGAAUGUCCUGGACAACCAGUUGGAUUACGCGUUCAAUUAGAUAAUGGCAUAGAUGGUUUCAUACCGAGUCGAUUCAUGGAUACACCUGAAAAACUAUUUCAAACUUCUCAACCAGGUUCGCUUGUCCAGUGUCGGGUAACUAAAAUCGACAUUACAAGAUUUAAUGUGGAGCUUACUUGUAAGGCGACUGAAUUAAAAGAUGAACGUCAUAUAUGGCGUCCACGUCAAGAUGCCUUUUAUGAUUUUGAAAGAGAAGAAAGAGAUUUACGUGCUGAAGAAGAGGCUAUGACUAAGGCGAAAUCUAAAACCAAUCCAUAUAUGUCUCGUCUAAUAUUUCAUCCAUAUUUUAAAAAUAUUAGUUAUGAUCAAUUAGCUGCAAUGGAACCUGAAUUAGAACCUGGUGCUAUUAUCAUUCGGCCGAGUAGAAAGGGAACUGAUCAUUUAACUGUUAGUUGGAAAAUUGAUGAUGGAAUUAUGCAACAUAUUGAUGUUGUUGAAAAAGAGAAGACAAAUAAUUUUUCACUCGGGAAACUUUUGAUUAUCGAUGGUGAAGAAUAUGAAGACUUGGAUGAAAUAGUUGCACGUCAUGUACAGCCUAUGGCGUCUCUUGUUCGCGAUAUAAUGACCUACAGAUAUUAUCGAGAUUCUUCGGGUGGCGAUCGUAAUCAUUUAAAUACUUUACUUCAACAUGAGAAAAGUCUUAAUCCAGAUCGUAUUCCGUAUUUUUUGAGUUCAACGAAAGAACGUCCUGGCUAUUUUAUUCUUGCUUAUUUGCCCAAUAAAAAUCCACACUUUGAACUAUUCAGUAUACGACCUGAUGGUUUCAAAUUUCGAAAAUUAAUAUUCCCCACCUUGGAUCGUAUGAUAACUUGGUUCAAAGAACAUUAUAAUGACGCUGUAAAUUAUUAUCGUGGUUAAAUAGUUUAUCUCAGGAUACUUUUUUUUGUUUGUUUCUAGUCUAAUAAUUCUGCCUAUUUCCUCAACUAAAUAAAAUUCCAUGUGUACUCAGAAUUCAACUGAAACUAUUCCUUUUAGUUGGAAUAAUUUAUACUACUUGUAAAUAAUUCCAGUGACUAUUCACACAAGUUUUCAAUUGUUAUAAUUAUUAUUAUUUUUAAAAAUUUAAUCACUAUGUACAAUUUCAUUUAUAUUAUAUGAUGUUUUUAAAAGUAAUACAUAUUUAUAAAUAUGUU